AACUGAUAAUGGGUUCAAACUGCAUCUUCCACAUAUCUUAAUUUUAUCAGAUUGAUUAAAGUUGGGGGUUGUACUGUAACCCUCCACUCGGGGAAAUUUAUAUUUUCAUAUUGGCAGAAGUUGGAUCCCAUAUUAGAUCAAAUUAUGCUGAAAUCUUUGUGGUUGGCCAUCAAAUUACAGAUUUUCUACCAACUAAUUAAACUAAGGGUACUAAUACAAUUUUGAGUAAAAUCAUCAUGUGAAAGGUGCUUAUUUGCAGAUUUAUUUUAUAGUUUAUAUUUUUAUCAAAGCAACUUUGUUGAAGUAUUACCAAUACAUGGCUAACGUUUAUAUGGCAGCAAGUUGGCAAAUCUGCAGAAGGGCCUAACAAAAGCAAAAGCGGCACCUCUCUUGGACAAGCUUGUUUUUGACAAGAUAAAACAAGAGCUAGGAGGACAAGUUCGUAUAAUGUUGUCUGGUGCUGCACCUUUGCCCAGGCAUGUGGAGGAAUUUAUCAGAAGGAUAUGGCUUACUGAAAGCUGUGUUGGGUGUUUUACGUCCCUUGGCAAUGUUUAUCCUAUGAUUGGAACUGUUGGUGCCCCCCUGACAACUAUUGAAGCGCGGCUUGAGUCAGUCCCAGAACUGGGAUGUGUGCCAUGUGGAGAGAUUUUCCUAGGAGGAAAAACCAUGUCUUCUGGUUACCACAAGCGCAAGAUCUAACUGAAGAAGUCCUCAUUGAUGGGUGGUUCCGUACAGGUGAUAUAGGAGGAUGGCAGCCUAAUGGAGCAAUGAAAGUUACAGACAGCAAAAUGGAAGUAUUUAAACUGUCUCAAGGUGAAUAUGUUGCUAUGGAAAGCAUUGAAAGCAAAUACUUGCAAUGGCCCCUUAUCACAUCGAUAUGGGUUUAUGGGAACGGCUUUGAGUCAUUUCUUGUUGCUGUGGUUGUUCCUGGCAGAAAGGCCUUGGAGGACUGGGCAGCUGAGCAUCAUUUGACUGAUGAUUACAAAUCAUUGUGUCAAAACCUGAAAGCAAGAAAUUACAUUUUGGAUGAGCUCAAUAUUACGGGUCAGAAACAGCAACUUCGAGGGUUUGAGUUGUUAGAAGCAGCUUCAAAAUUUGGUUCAGAUGGCAAAGAAGGAAGAUGAUGAGGUGGGCUCUAAUUUCUUCUCUUGACUCCUAUCUUGCUUUUCUUGGGAGGAAUUUUCUUAGUAGGUAAUUU